CUGGCCUCUGCGACACUCUUAUCGCUAUGAUGCCCGCUCUCUAACCGAAAAUAAGCAUCCAGUAGUAAAUUUGCGAUCGUUCAUGCAACAUGCAGAGAUUGUUGAUCUGCUUAGUCGUUUUUACGUGCCUGUGUGUCAGCACCAGGGCAACAAAUGGUGUAAAGGGUGGACAUCGACCACGUUAUCCGUCAAGCGGGAACUAUCACGGUAGCACCAACUCCUCGCAAAAUAGUCUUUGUUAUAAAACGGUACCAUAUAGUCAUGUCUUGACUUUGAACUUUAGUGGAUCGCCUUAUAAUACCAUCCCUCAACCACCAGAAGGCCAAUCUCACAAUGGUGGUUGGAUUACUAUAUUGGACUGUUGCGAAGGCUACGAGCGCAAUGUGACAAGCGGCUUGUGCGAACCGCAUUGCGAUCGCGGCUGUUUCGGCGGUCGCUGCACAGGACCGAAUAUCUGCAGCUGUCAAUCGGGAUGGCGUCCCGAAGAUGGUGUCUGCAUGCCUGUCUGUACAUAUCAGUGCCAGGAGAAUGCAUAUUGCUUCUCUCCGGAGGUGUGCGUGUGCAAAUUGGGCUACGACGAGGUAAACGGUCAGUGUAAGCCAAUCUGCCCUGACGGAUGCAAAAGCGGCGAAUGCGUGGCACCGCGAGUUUGCCGAUGCAGAUCAGGAUAUGUUCUGAAUGAGCGCAAGGAAUGCAUAGCCGCUUGCGAGGGAGGCUGCGUGCACGGCAUGUGUAGCGCACCAGGUGUAUGCACCUGUCACGAAGGAUACACUAAUCCUCAUGGCGAUCGCGAGUCCUGCAUCCCUCACUGCCCAGACAAUUGCGACGGCACUAGCGGCGAAUGUAUCGCGCCCAACAUUUGUAGAUGCAAACCCGGUUUUACGCACGAUCACACCGGCGGUUGCGUGCCGGACUGUCCGGAUGGCUGCGACGGCGGCGAAUGUAUCGCGCCAAACGUUUGCAGAUGCAGAUCCGGAUACAUGCGGGACCGUUACAGCGGCCGAUGCGUUCCGACUAGCCCAGGCUCAUCACAGUGCGGAUACGGGUAUAUCGUCGAUCCCGAUACCGGUAGAUGCGUCCCCGCACCGACAACCGUCACCCCGUCACAUUCCGGCGACUGUAGAUACGACUGCGGUCCGUACGGCACCUGCGUUGGGCAUAACCGAUGCGCCUGUCAACCGGGAUUCGCGAGCGAUCCCGAUACCGGUAGAUGCAUCCCCGCAUCGACAUCCGCUACCCCGUCACAUUCCGGCGACUGUAGAUACGACUGCGGUCCGCACGGCACCUGCGUUGGGUAUAACCGAUGCGCUUGCCAACCGGGAUUCGCCAGCGAUCCCGAUACCGGUAGAUGCAUUCCCCUGGCAUCCUCCAACGCGACCAGUUCGCAAUGCAGAUACGGUUGCGGUCAGAACGCACGGUGCGUCGCCUCAAACGUGUGCGUCUGCGAUACGGGAUUCCGCGUCAAUCCUGAUACAGGUAGAUGCAUCCAAUAUGAGGGGGAUGGUACGGAAGCGAACGUAUGCCAUCAUUCGUGCUUGAAUGGCCAAUGCACGGGACCGGAUCAGUGCACCUGCAAUCAGGGUUACACAUACGACACUCGUGAUGUCACACGCUCAAGAUGCGUGCCGGUAUGCGUUGGCGGAUGCCCGAACGGUGUAUGCACCUUGCCGAAUUUUUGCAUUUGCAAUCCCGGAUAUCGGAAAGAAAGCGGUGUUAAAGGUCGGCAAAGAUGUGUCCCGCAAGAAAUAAAAUAUCCCAACACUUACAAUGAUCGCGAGACCUGCAUCCCUCAUUACCUAGCCGCCUGCACUAGCGAAUGCCUCGCGUUCAACAUUUGUAAAUGCAAACCCGGUUUUACUCGCAAUAUUAUCGGUAAAUGCGUUUCCCUAGCAGAUCCUCCGCAAUGUGAAUACGGAUGCGACUCGAACGGACGUUCGUCCGAGAAGAUAGGAAUAGUACGGCUACGAGCGUGUGCCAAGUAGCCGUGCUUAAACGGCUAUUGCACUGGGCCGGACCAGUGCACCUGCAAUCAAGGAUACAUUCACAACACUGAUGACCUCAGAAAAUGCGUGCCGGUAUGCGAAGGCGGAUGCGAGAACGGCAUGGGCACCCUGUCGAAUGUCUGUCUUUGUUACUUCGGGUACCGGAAUGAAAACGGUCGGCAGAUAUGUGCCCCGCAAGAAUUGAUUACUGAAGUUCUAUCAUUAUUGAAGGCUUAUGAAGGAUAUUCUUCUGAUUAUCCUGAUAUAGAAAUCAUUGAAGGAGAAGGAAAAUGUAGUCGAACAGUUAGUGUUCGAGUAACCAAACAAGUUCCAUACUUAGAAACAUAUAAAGAGAAGACGUGGGGUAUCUUUUAUAAGACUCGGACUCGAUGGAAUUAUAGACUCGAAAAAUGCAAACCUGUUUGCGAAAAUCCAUGCGUUCACGGCGAAUGCACCGCUCCUGAUACCUGUACUUGCAAUAAUGGUUAUGAGCUUGAUUCAGACAAUAUAUUUGUCUGUAAACCCAAGUGCGAACACGAUUGUCUUUAUGGCACGUGUACGGCACCCAACGUAUGCACUUGCGACAAAGGUUAUUCCUUAAAAACUCCGAGUACGUGUGAACCAAUUUGUAGUGAAGCCUGUGUCAUGGGUAUCUGCGUAGCUCCUGAAAGCUGUAGCUGUUUCGAAGGCUAUGGGUUACUUGAGAAUUCGAAGCAUAUUUGCGAACCGGUCUGUGAAAAAGCUUGCCUGAAUGGGAGAUGCACUGCACCUAGCGUAUGCACAUGCAACGAGGGAUUUCAAUUGAGCGGCGAUGAAUCAACGAAACACGUUUGUGAGCCUUACUGCGAAAUUUCUUGCGAACCGUUUGGCGUUUGCACCGCACCAAAUGUUUGCACUUGUUUUGAAGGAUAUCGCCUAGUUGACAAGACCCAAACCAAGAAAACCAGUAUAUCAUAUUUUGCCGAUAACUCAGUGUGCGAACCAAUCUGCGACACAGAAUGCAUCAAUGGAUUCUGCAGCGCUCCUGAUACGUGUAGUUGUAAUACCGGUUAUCAACCGUCAGGCGGCAAUUUUACCAAUAUUUGCGAACCCAUCUGUAGCAGGAAUUGUGUAAACAGCAUUUGUAGUGCACCCGAAAUUUGUACAUGCAACAAAGGCUAUCGUCCUUCCAAGAACAAUUCUUCGAACAUAUGCGAACCUUUCUGCGAAGCUGACUGCAUUAAUGGAUAUUGCAGUGCGCCAAACGAAUGCACCUGUAACUUCGGCUACCAACCUACCGAGAACAAUCGUACAAGUCUCUGCGAACCGAUUUGCAAUCCGAGCUGCAAGAAUGGUAUUUGCGUCCAACCCAACAUAUGCAAUUGCAAACCAGGCUAUCGUCAAUCGACGCAUUCUAUGAACGUAUGCGAUCCUAUCUGUCACCCAGCCUGCAAAACAAACGGAAUCUGCAAGGCGCCCGACUUAUGCAUUUGCGAGGAUAAUUAUCGCAUGGUUUAUUAUGACGAAAAAGAUGUUCCGUUUAGAUGCGAACCGAUCUGCACCGUCGAUUGCGGAAACGGCACAUGCACGGCGCCAGAUCUCUGCACGUGCUUCGAUGGUUAUCGAAAUACGGAAACGGGUAGGUGCGAGCCAUUUUGCUCAACGUGCAACAAUGGCACGUGCGUCGCACCUGAAGUCUGCGAAUGCGAUGACGGAUUUGUCCUCGAAGAUUCGGGCAUUGGACCAGAAGUCAAGGAAUCUCGUUUGAUUUCUGAAGAUCGGCUGGAAAAUGCAAGUAGAUGCGUGCCGCAUUGCGAGAGUUGCGAUAACGGCGACUGCGUGGCACCGGACGAGUGUCAAUGCCAUGUCGGUUUCGUGAAAAUCAAAGGCAUCUGCGUGCACGCAUGCCAGGAUGGCUGCGGCGCUCACGGCGAGUGCAUCGAUGAACGCAGAAUUUGCGAAUGCAACUACGGAUGGACCGGUCCGCACUGUGAUCAACCAACCUUGUGUAUCUCGAUCUUAAACGAUGAAGAUAAUCGUACCGAAUCAUUAAAUGUCAUAGAAGAACAAAAUAAUACUAUUGAGCAUGUACUUAUAAAUAACCCAGCAUGCCCUCAAUGUAUUAAUAAAAUAAACAACGAGACUUUGUGCUUUAAGAUGUACAUUAAUGAUACACAAAACAAAACACAAAUUGGUUGUUUAAUAAAUAAAGUUUUUGCAAUAGAAUGCCUUGAACUAAGCAGACAGUAUAGAAAUAAUAAGGAAAUUAUCAAACUAAGUGGAAUCGCAUGUGGUUUCGGAAUAUUACUUCUGAUAGGAGCAGUAACAACUUAUAUAGUACUACGAAAACGUCGAAAUAGACAAAUUGGUCUAGGUGAUGAACAGGUAAUUUGCAGGCACAAUACAUUAACGCAAGGGCUACUUGAACAAAGUAAUAUUAAUUCUUAAUAUGAAAAAUGCUACGGAAAGCUCUAUACGAAAUUUUGGAAAUUUCUAUAAUAAUAAUGAUGAUAAAUGCAAAAAAACAAUUGUUUAUCAUUAACUUAAUUAAUUAAUUGUUAAUUGAAGUUGAAAAUGUAUAUAUUCAUUAAUAUAAGAUAUUUUCAAUAAAGUAUAAUCAAG